CCUACUGAAAUGCAGGAAUUGUCCAGCCAACUCAGUGAGCUUCUGGAUAAGGGAUUUAUCCGACCUAGCUACUCGCCAUGGGGAGCUCCGGUGCUCUUUGUCAAAAAGAAGGACGGAUCUUUCAGAAUGUGCAUCGAUUACAGAGAGUUAAAUAAACUCACUGUUAAAAACCGCUACCCACUCCCGCGAAUCGACGAUCUAUUCGACCAGCUCCAAGGAGCUAGCUAUUUUUCAAAAAUAGAUUUACGGUCCGGAUACCACCAACUCAAAGUCCGAGAAGAGGAUAUUCCUAAAACCGCUUUUCGAACCCGCUACGGACAUUAUGAAUUCGUUGUAAUGCCCUUCGGUCUAACAAAUGCACCUGCCGCAUUUAUGGACCUAAUGAAUCGAAUCUGUCGACCGUUCCUUGACAACUUCGUCAUUGUGUUUAUCGAUGACAUCCUCGUCUAUUCUCGAAGCAAAGAGGAGCAUGGCCAACAUCUCCGACAAGUCCUAGAGACGCUGCGAUCGGAAAAGCUUUACGCCAAACUCUCUAAGUGUGAGUUUUGGCUACGGAGCGUGAAUUUUCUAGGUCACGUAGUUAGCCAAGACGGAAUUCAUGUGGAUCCCUCUAAGGUCAAAGCUGUGGAAGGAUGGGCAACUCCGACUACGCCCACCGAAAUUCGUCAGUUCUUAGGCCUAGCAGGCUACUAUAGGAGAUUCAUCCAAAACUUCUCUAAGAUCGCCAAGCCGCUUACCUUGCUUACGCAAAAGAGCGUGCCAUUCAAGUGGACAGACCGACAAGAGAUUGCGUUUCGAACCUUGAAGCAAGCUCUCUGUAGCGCUCCUGUACUAUCUCUACCCGAAGGAACGGAAGAUUUUGUAGUCUACUGUGACGCGUCGAAUCAAGGCUUAGGUUGCGUUCUCAUGCAACGUGGAAGAGUGAUAGCAUAUGCGUCCCGCCAACUAAAGACGCACGAAGUAAAUUACACGACCCACGACCUAGAACUGGGAGCCGUGGUCUUCGCUCUGAAAAUUUGGAGGCACUACCUGUACGGUACAAAGUGCACCAUCUUCACGGACCACAAGAGCCUCCAGCACAUCUUGAAUCAGAAGGAGCUGAACAUGAGACAACGAAGAUGGGUGGAAUUGUUAAACGACUACGAAUGCGAGAUCAAGUACCAUCCAGGCAAGGCCAACGUAGUAGCAGAUGCCUUAAGUACCGUUAUGAAGGAAGCCCACAAGACACGAUACUCCAUUCAUCCUGGAUCAGACAAGAUGUAUUUGGACAUUAAACAACACUAUUGGUGGCCUAACAUGAAGGCGGAAAUCGCAACUUAUGUUAGUAAGUGCCUUACGUGCGCCAGGGUAAAGGUGGAAUACCAGAAACCUUCAGGAUUGUUACAACAACCGGCAAUCCCUGAGUGGAAAUGGGAGGGGAUUUCUAUGGACUUCGUGACCAAGCUGCCCAAGACGUCGGACGGACUGGACACCAUAUGGGUAAUAAUCGACCGACUGACGAAAUCUGCCCAUUUCCUACCAAUCAAAGAGUCCUACAAGAUGGAGAGACUGACGCGGUUGUACCUACGAGAGAUCGUAAGACUCCAUGGAGUGCCAAAAUCUAUCAUCUCGGAUAGGGACAGUAGGUUCACGUCGCAGUUUUGGCAAUCACUCCACAAAGCAAUGGGAACUCAUCUCGAUAUGAGCACCGCGUAUCACCCACAAACGGACGGUCAAAGUGAACGAACCAUUCAAACGCUUGAAGACAUGCUUCGUGCAUGUGCGAUAGACUUUGGAAAGUCUUGGGAUACCCACCUACCGUUGAUCGAGUUCUCAUAUAACAAUAGUUACCAUUCAAGCAUCAAGGUGGCCCCUUUCGAAGCACUGUACGGGCGUAAAUGUAGGUCACCGUUAUGUUGGGCUGAAGUGGGUGACACCCAGCUAGCAAGAACGCAUACGUCGGAUAGGGCAAUAACAGGACCGGAGAUUAUUCGCGAAACCACGGAAAAGAUCGUUCAGAUCAGAGCUCGAUUGCAAGCGUCGCGUGACCGACAAAAGAGCUACGCUGACAAACGACGAAAGCCCUUAGAAUUCCAGGUCGGUGAUCGAGUAUUGUUGAAAGUCUCACCCUGGAAAGGGGUUAUACGUUUCGGAAAACGGGGAAAGCUGAACCCGCGAUACAUUGGACCUUUUGAAAUCGUCGCCCGAAUAGGUCCGGUAGCCUACAGACUACAACUACCCGCGGAGCUAAACGGUGUACACCCCGUGUUUCAUGUCUCUAAUCUGAAAAAGUGCCUAUCCGAUGAAACCCUUGUCAUUCCUCUUGACGAAAUCGAAAUUAAUGAGAAUCUCCUGUUCGUCGAAGAACCAAUCGAAAUCAUGGACAGGGAGGUGAAGCGUACUAAACAGAGCCGCAUCCCGAUCGUGAAGGUACGGUGGAACGCAAAGCGUGGGCGAGAAUUCAUGUGGGAACGCGAAGAUCAAAUGAAGCAGAAGUACCCUCACCUAUUCUAG